UAGGUUAGUGGUGCGACAUUUAGUGAGGGCAGAAAGUAGGUCAGGGACGGGCAGCUGUGUCUCCUCCAGUUCCCUGUGUGCGCCUGACGGGAUGAUUCAGACGGGGGAGGAAUAAGGUGCUCGGGGACAGACAGAACCUUCAGCCGUAAGCGCCGGACGCAGACAUCCUGUAUUUAAAGAAUGAGAGGAAUGAGCGCCUGUAGGUGACUGACUUCCCAUGGCUCCCGGGGGCCCCACCGACUCACAACACUCUCGCUUCUCUUAGACACAGUCAUUCAGAUGAACCAAUGGCCGACCAAAGAAUGGAUAUCUCCUCCACAAUGAACGAUUUCAUGUCCCCCGGCUCCACCAACCUCAUAUCCAGCUCCCUGGGAAUGGGAGGGAUCGACUGCAACCGCAAACGGAAAGGGAGCCUGACGGAUUACCAGACCGAUGGCUUCCCAUUCGAUGAGGGGAUGGAUACAGAGAAGGACGACCCCCACGAAUUGUUGGAUUUUACUGAGGGGCGACUCAGAAAUGCACGGGAAGCUCACAGUCAGAUCGAGAAGAGGCGGAGAGACAAAAUGAACAGCUUCAUCGAUGAGCUGGCGUCCCUGGUGCCCACGUGCAACGCCAUGUCGCGGAAGCUGGACAAGCUCACCGUGCUGCGUAUGGCCGUGCAACACAUGAAAACACUGCGAGGUGCUGCCAACCCCUACACGGAGGCAAACUACAAACCAGCGUUUCUGUCGGACGACGAGCUCAAGCAGCUGAUACUCAGGGCAGCAGACGGGUUCCUUUUCGUGGUCGGCUGUGACAGGGGGAAAAUCCUUUUUGUGUCGGAAUCGGUUUUCAAGAUCCUCAAUUACAGCCAGAAUGAUCUGAUUGGCCAGAGCCUGUUUGACUACCUGCACCCUAAAGAUAUUGCCAAAGUUAAGGAGCAGCUCUCGUCGUCGGACACCGCCCCCCGGGAGAGACUCAUUGAUGCAAAAACCGGCCUCCCAGUAAAAACCGACAUCACCCCGGGGCCCUCCCGUCUCUGCUCCGGGGCCCGACGCUCGUUCUUUUGUCGCAUGAAAUGCAACCGACCUUCAGUGAAAGUAGAGGACAAAGACUUCCCGUCCAAUUGCUCCAAAAAGAAAGCCGACCGGAAGAGCUUCUGCACUAUACACAGCACCGGCUAUCUCAAGAGCUGGCCCCCGACAAAGAUGGGGCUGGACGAAGAUAACGAACCAGACAACGAAGGGUGCAAUCUGAGCUGCUUGGUGGCGAUUGGCCGGUUGCACCCCCACAUAGUACCGCAGCCCGCCAACGGGGAGAUUCGUGUCAAAUCCACAGAGUACGUGUCGCGGCACGCCAUCGACGGCAAGUUUGUUUUCGUAGAUCAGAGGGCAACUGCAAUCCUAGGGUAUUUGCCGCAGGAGCUCCUGGGCACAUCUUGCUAUGAAUAUUUCCACCAUGACGAUAUCGGGCACCUCGCCGACUGCCACAAACAAGUCCUACAGACCAGAGAGAAAAUCACCACCAAUUGUUACAAGUUCAAGAUCAAGGACGGUUCCUUCAUCACCCUGAAAAGUCGCUGGUUCAGUUUCAUGAAUCCGUGGACCAAAGAAGUAGAAUAUAUUGUCUCCACCAACACCGUCGUCUCAGCCAACAUUCUUGAUGCUGGAGACUCGACAUUCUCACAUUUGUCCACAUCUCCCCCAAGUAUGGACAGUGUUCUACAGUCUGGGGAGGGGGUCACAAAGAGGAACCACCCUACAGUUCCAGGCAUUCCGGGAGGAACAAGGGCGGGUGCUGGCAAGAUUGGCAGGAUGAUUGCAGAUGAGAUCCUGGAGUUCCACAGGACAAGGGGCUCCUCCCCAUCCAGCUGCGGAUCUAGUCCUCUCAAUUUCAACAGCACCCCACCUCCAGAUGCAUCUUCUCCAGGGGGCAAAAAGAUGUCCAAUGGCGGCGGGAUGGAUCCAAUGUCCACAUUAGUGCCUGGAAUGGACAGUUCAGGUUUCCCAUACUCAGACAGCUCAUCAAUACCCGGCGACAACUCUCACAUGGACACCUAUAUGACGGAAACGGACCACGGGUCCAGUAGCCCAAGUAACGACGAGGCGGCCAUGGCGGUCAUCAUGAGCCUUUUGGAGGCGGACGCGGGUCUGGGGGGCCCUGUGGAUUUCAGUGACUUACCUUGGCCUUUGUGAUGGGAGAACAACCUGCAGUAUCAAAGUGCAUUAUUGAAGCUUAACCGUUUCGCUACCAAAGGGGCCAGCACAACCUUGCUCUGCAGUCAAACAUAGGGGGGGGGCCGGCAGUGGCGCCAGUGGGGGCUCACAAUUGCUUUUAUGGACACAAUCAUGGAAGCCAUAUCAGAUCACCAGUAUCCCUCGCACAAGCAGACAGUUUCAAUGGGAUUGUUUAGGGCCCAAAGACUGGCACAUUGUGGCCCUAACCCGACGGGACAGAACGGACUACGUUGGAGAUCAGGCUACAAUCCUCUCAUUUGGCGGCCAAGUCUGCGGAUCUUUCUAUGUACAAGCAGCUUUAGAUGUGUAUAGCAGGCGUGGCCGACCUGGGCCCCUACAGACACGGGCGCUACAUCCGGAGGGGCCCAGGCCGCCCACCCACGGUGUAUAGCAUUAACUGUAUCAUUGGAACAUCAUCCGUGUUUCCGAUUUCUAAAUCAUGGUGUAUAAAACCUGCACUGGUGUCAGCGGUAGCUUUUUAUAUGCAUUUCAGAUUUCAAAUCAUGUUUUUACACUGCAGAGGCGCCCCCAUGUGGUUAUUUCUUAUACUAAUAAUUGUAUAAAGUUGUUCUAUUGUAAGAAUCCUUUAUGCUAUAAAUGGUACAGUGUCAUAGUUUUUUAAAUAAAAUUGUUCUAUAAACCUGGA